AUGUCUUCAAAGCCGUCUGACGAGAGUGAUGUCCAGUUCAACACCGAGGUGGAUCCAGAGGCCGAACUGCAGGAGAUGCAGCGGCAAGUGAGCGACCUCCAGGAAGAUCUACGGCUAAAGACGCUGCAACAGACCGCAGCCCAAGACGAAGGCCACCGAAAGAGCACGGGAUCUGUGGCCACGAAAAACGCAUCUAUUUUUGUAGGUGGGAUGGACCCUCGUACAACGGAAGGGGAGCUUCGGGUGUUUUUCAGUUCGUGUGGUACGAUUAAACGACUCACCAUGUUGCGGGACAAGUUUACUGGGCAGUUAAAGGGUACUGCGUAUAUAGAGUUCGAAACGCCCGAACAGGCAGCUGCGGGAAUCUUGAAGGAUGGUCAGUCACUACAUGGGAAGCCGUUGAAUGUUGCGAUGAAGCGCGAUAACAUUCCGGCGUUUCAGCGCGGUAGGGGGGCGGGUGGUUUUCCGCGGGGCGGCUUUCGCGGUGGAGGAGCGGGCUCGAUGCAACAGCAAAUGGCGAUGGCGGCAACAAUGAUGGCUGCAAGCAUGAUGGGUGGUGGUGGUGGUUUCAACCCGUUUUGCGGACCGGCGCGAGGACGCGGUCGAGGGCGCGGACGCGGCGGGCCGCAUUAG